UAUGGUUUCAAUAUUCACAAAUCCAACACAUAUAAUCCCGCUCCAGUCCUUUGCUUCUCAUAUUCAAGAUGACCACCAACAACAACAUUUCCCAGGCCACCUUCUCCUGCCCCUCACUGGACCCGGAUUUCUUUACUGUCCAAGACAGUUUCCCGAAAGCCUACAGCUUCAGCACCCCCGAAGACCUCGCUGCCACCCGAGAACACAUAAACUUCAGCAUCGAAACCACUCUCCACGGCCACCAAGACACAAUCUGUUACUCCAAUCUCAACAUCCCCAGCCCCGCAGGACCACUCCGCGCCACAAUCUUUCAAUCGAAAAGUCACCGCCAGUCAUCAGCCAACGCCCCGGGAAUCCUUCACAUCCACAGCGGCGGUCAUUGUCAAGGCAGCCGAUUUGUUGGUGCAGGCCUCGUACUGGACUGGGUCGAGUCCCUAGGAGCUGUGUGUCUAACCGCCGAGUAUCGCCUUGCGCCCGAGCACCCCCAGCCGGCACAAGUGGAGGAUAGCUUUGCCACGUUAAAGUGGUUCAGUGCCCAUGCGGCCGAGCUGGGGUUCAACCCCCAGAAACUCAUUGUCACCGGGAACUCGGCGGGCGGGAAUCUGGCAGCGGGAGUGACGCUAUUGGCCCGGGAUCGAGACGGGCCUGAAAUCCUGGGCCAGGUUCUGACUUAUCCCUGGCUGGAUGACAGUAAUGAGACCUUGUCGAUGCAACAGUUUGGGGGCUUAUUGCCGUGGUCGAAAAUACACAGUAUUGAUGCGUGCGAUUUUGCCCUGGGCAAAAAUAGGGAACAUGCCGAUAUAUAUACCGUGCCGGGACGAGCGACAGACCUGGGUGGGCUGCCUGACACAUUUAUCGAUGUGGGAUCAGCAGACGUUUUUCGGGACGAGGAUUUUCAAUUCGCGACAAAGUUAUGGGCAUGUGGCGUGUCGGCAGAUUUACAUGUUUGGCCCGGUUGCUGGCAUGGGUUUGAUAUAUUUGUGCCGGAUGCGCCUGCGAGUCGGAAGGCAGCGAAGGCGAGGUUGAAAUGGUUGCAGAAGUUGCUUGCUAAGGAGUAA